UUUCCCAAAAAAAAUCAAAAUCAAUUAUUCGGCUAUGCUUGCUCUUGGUUUUUCAGCAUCAAAGUUGCCCCAAAAAUGAUGAACAAAUCCUAAUCCAGGCAAAAGGUCUCGAAAUCAGUCCGCUCGCCCUUCCUUGUUCCCUAGCCCUGUUUCCGCUGCGUGCUCUCGCGCCGUUGCGCCAUCUGUGGUGUUUCAAAGGUUUGUGUCAUCCCUGCUGCGCCAAAUGAUGGUUUACGAAGCAUUGGACUGAAAAUGGUUAAACCUGACCUCAAUAAUCGGCUUGCUGCUCGAUUGGGGUCCAUUGACGAGGCUUUACGUGGUUCCAUUACAAAGCACCAUCUCCAAAACAAUCUCUUCUCCGCCGUGGCGCCGCCGGUAUAGAAACCAACAACAGAGUCAUGGGAAAAAAUAUAUCAGACGAAGAUCAAGAACCAGAACCAGAAAACAGAAUAGGAACAAGCUGCUGAUACGCCUUCUUUCUUUUCAGCAGACACUAUGCUAUCAAUGCUUGCUUAGCACCUCUAUAUUCUGUAGAAGGAAUGCAUGUGAUUACAGUGGAAGGAAUGGGAAGCUGCAAGAGAGAUUUGCCUCCUAUCCAGAUCAUACAAGCUUUUGAGUAUUCUUUUGUUUUGUUUCUCGCAAUGCGCACAGGGAUUAAUCUAAGAGCUUUCCUCUUGUUUGUAAAUUUAGCUUAUACAUUUGUGCGUUGAACAUGAAAUCUCUUCAUGUGCUUUGCAGAUAAAUGAGCAUAUAACAAGUUAUUUGACAUUUCUGAUUCUACUCCCCCCUCCCUUGGGUUAAAAAUGAAUGGAUGGAACUUUGAGAAAGAUUAUAUCAUUGAAAGCAUUUUGUAUCUUUUUAAUGGCUUGAUGUACGUAGAGGUGCAGGGGGAGUGCUUGAUAUGACUGUAUCUGAUCACUUUUUCAAAUUUUGGUGUGGUGCACAUCUUUCCAAUGUUGUUAUCUGAUUUUGUAUCAUUUUCCCUCCAUCCUCUUUUGGGGGAGAUUGGUGCUUAAAUUGCAUUCUCUUGGUCAAAACCUGACGAGUACCUUUGUGUGGGAAAUCUGAUUUGCAGUUUUCAUUUCCAUCGUUGGGUUGGUAUUAUUUUCAUUUCUUAUCGGGAAUAUGCAGGUUUGACAUUUAAGACAUCUGUGUAUCUGCAGUUUUGUACUCUAUGUUUAGCAGUGUAUUGUACAAGUAAACAAUUGGUGCUUGUGCAUCUUGACUAAUAUUAUGCAAUUAUACUUAUUUUCUAACAGACAUAUUUGCAAUCAACAACAACAACAUUAGAGGAGAUGAGGGUGAAAAGGAGAGAUGCAGAAUACCAGAUGUCUCAUAGACUCCUCCCUGACAGCCAUAGGCAGCAAAUCAGACAAUAUGAGCAGUACAAAUGGCAAGAAACCAGAGGUGUUGAUGAGGAUAACUUGAUUUGCAAUCUUCCAAAGGAUUUGAGAAGGGACAUUAAGCGCCAUCUUUGCUUGGCUUUGCUGAUGAGAGU